CCAGACCGUUCACAGGCGUUUCAAACAGUUCUCUCCGGUGGAGUGAGGAUUUUUUCCCCUGAGCAGAAAGGAAAGGAAAUCAGUCAUGGAUUUAUUUUUUUCUAUUUGGUAUUUGGACCUUCUAUAAACGUUAUUUAGCUCGGAGGAACUAGUGUUUUUUUUUUAAAUAAUAUUAUUUGCGAAUUCACCUCUUAUUGGAAUACCACAAGAGCUUCGCUGUAAUGUUGGAAUAAAACGAAGAGGACUCGUGAAGCAUAUCGCAGCGGGGCUAUCGCGAUUUAUAGAAAACAAAACAUGAUCCUUACUCAAAUUGAGGCGAAGGAGGCGUGUACAUGGCUGAGGGCUGCAGGUUUUCCACAGUAUGCUCAGCUUUAUGAAGACGGUCAGUUCCCGAUUGAGAUUUCCUCUGUUACCAGAGAUCAUGACUUCUUGGAUCAAGAUGCCAUAGAAGCCUUGUGCAGGAGACUGAACACCCUAAACAAGUGUGCUCUUAUGAGAUUAGAGAUCACCCCUCAAAGAAAAAGAAGUGAGGACUCUGAUGAGGAUGAGCCAUGUGCCAUAAGUGGCCGUUGGACUUUCCAGCGGGACAGCAAGCGAUGGUCUCGCCUGGACCAGCUGGACCUUGAUGUAUUCUCCCCUCCAGCUGGAGACACUGGCUCCUUCACUCCCUUCCUAUCCCAAGAUGAUCGUUUUGCCAGAGGACCCCUUUUAAAGGAGGGAGUUAAUGCUAGUGCAGAGAGCGUCUUAACAGAUCUUAGUGAGCAGCCAGAGGUGGGCUCUCUGCACAGUGCUGGUAGUGGAGGUCGAGGAGGAUCCCUGAGUACCACUGUACCAUCCAGCCCUGCUACAACCAUCUCCAAUGCUUACACAGCCACCACAACCAGGACGAGCUCAGUUGCUAGUGUUUACUCCUCUGGAACAUCAGGUGCCAAUGAAGACUCCCUGUCUGAUGGGCUUCCAUCGCCGCUGGAAUGCGGCACGUUUGCAUUCGAUGUAAAACCAAGCUUGAUAAACAGCGGUGCUGAAAAAAGCACACGUUCAAGAGCAAAGAGUUUCUUGAAGCGCAUGGAAAGCUUGCGGCUACGCACCAGCAGCAAUGCUGCCUCCAAGCGCAAAAAGAAGGGUGUAGCUGGUCAAGGUAAGCUGGAGAUCAGUGGGCCGGUGCUGAAAGAGGGUCUUGACGAAGACAAACUACGACGCCUCAACUGUGUGGACAUCGCAACUCUGGAUUGCAAUGCAAACCAAAACCGAAGCAUCACCUAUUCAACACAGACAAGCAGUGGGAGUGCAGGGAGUAGCCAAUCAGAGGCCAGCAGUGGAAGUUCUGUAAGUACUCCCAGUCCAGUCUCAAGAGCACGAAGUCACAGCACAGCAGCGGGGUCCACCAAGAGAGGUGGGAUGUACCUGGAAGGCUUUGACCCAUUUAAUUUUGUUGUGCUGCAACCUUCAGAAGACCAAGAAGGGAAGCAGAAUCACCAGAAACAAAGUAAGAAGAUGGAACCCAGCUCAACUGCAGAGAACAACCGUCGCAACCAUCAGAGUUCAGAUAACAGACGAAUGGAGGAAGAAGAGAGACAAGAAGAGGAAGGAGGUGUGAUCUUCUUCUACUUGCCUGAAGGCCACAAGCCUGGCACUUUUCCUAAAGCACUUGCGGAUGGGGGAUCCUGUUGUGGUGGCGACAACAUAAGUCGACGCCCACCCCGGAGUGGCUCGGCCGCCUCACUAGACAGUCGAUUGAGUGUCUAUGAUAACGUUCCUUUCUCAGAAGUGGGAGAUGAUGAGGACGAAGCAGAAGGAGAGGAGGAGUCAAAACUUGAAGACGUGUUGGAGCGAGUCAGUGGACUGCAGCAAUUGGUCAAUGCCUGGUCAGAAACAGGAACUGGGGAAGAAGAAGAGGAUGAAGAGGAAGAGGAAGGGGAUUCAGAUUCAGCCCUUGAUUCUGCAUCUCCUUGUCCAUCAUCCCCACUGCAGAACCGCUUAGAAGAGACAGAGAACGGUAGUGACCAGGACAGCACUGGAAACCCUCUAGCAGAAAGGGAUGAGACACUCAGCUCACGUGAAAGAUGUGACUCUGGUGUGGGAGCAUCACUUACCCGAGCCAACAGACCUCAGAGACUGCGCUGGCCAAGUUUCCAGAGCUCCCACAGGCCAAGUCUGUCAUCAACAGUGCUACAAGUUGGAUGUCAGUCAGUUUUGCAGAUGAACCUCCUUCAGAAAUACAGCCUGCUCAAACUUACUGCUCUACUGGAGAGAUACACACCUACCAACAAGCAUGGCUUCAGCUGGGCUGUUCCCAAGUUUAUGAAGCGGAUCAAGGUUCGAGACUAUAAGGACAGGAGCGUGUUUGGAGUUCCACUGCAGGUGAUAGUUCAAAGGAGCGGACAACCCCUGCCUCAGAGUAUUCAGCAAGCUAUGCGUUACCUACGGAGCCAAUGCCUCGACCAGGUGGGGCUGUUUAGGAAAUCAGGGGUGAAGUCACGUAUCCAAGCCCUUCGCCAAAUGAACGAGUCAUGUGGCGCUGGUGGGGGCGGAGUCAACUAUGAGGGCCAAUCAGCUUAUGACGUGGCCGACAUGCUAAAGCAGUAUUUCCGAGACCUUCCAGAGCCUCUGCUUACCAGCAAAUUGUCUGAUACCUUUCUGCAGAUAUAUCAGUAUGUUCCCAAAGAGCAGCGUCUGCAGGCGGUGAGGGCCGCCGUAUUGCUGUUACCGGACGAGAACCGCGAAGCCCUGCAGACUUUGCUGUGCUUCCUGAGUGAUGUAACGGCCAGCGUGGGUGAAAACCAGAUGACCUGCACUAACCUGGCCGUGUGUUUGGCCCCCUCUCUCUUCCACCUCAACACACUGCGGAGAGAGAGCUCCUCACCCAGAGUCAUGAACAGAAAGAACACCCUGGGAAAACCAGACCAAAGGGACUUAAACGAGAACCUGGCUGCCACACAUGGCUUAGCACAUAUGAUACAGGAGUGCAGAAAACUCUUCCUGAUCCCAGAAGAGAUGUCACGCUGUAGGAACUCUUACAUGGAACAGGGCUUGAGUCCCAUGCGGAUGGAGGUGUUGGUGGAAGACUGCGGUUCUUGUAGCUACCAAAGUCUCCUCAAAGACAGUACUGAUGCCCUGUUUAAAGAAGCCAAGGACAAAUUCAAGGGUUAUGACAGCUGCUCAACUCCUGAAAACGCUGAGCUUGCAUACAAGAAGGUCCAGGACGGGUCGUCUCUGCGACAGUGGAAAGUGUGCGUGGACGUGCCUGCAUCGGCUGAGGACGUCUUGCAGCGGAUUCUGCGGGAGCAGGAACGCUGGGAUGAGGACCUGUUAGAGUGCAGGAUCGUGGAGACACUGGAGCAUAACACGGAAGUCUAUCAGUACGUCAGGAACUCAAUGGCGCCCCAUCCGCCAAGAGACUACGUGAUGCUCAGGUCAUGGAUGACAGACUUGCCCAAGGGAGUGUGUGCUUUGGUGUGUGUGUCAGUGGAUCACGAGAGUGCAGGGGUCCUGGGUGUUCGUGCUAAUGUUCUGACCUCUCGCUAUUACAUCGAACCCUGCGGACCCAACAAGAGCCGGCUCGCGUACAUUUCCAGAAUAGACUGCAGGGGUCGUUGCCCUGAAUGGUACAAUAAGCUGUAUGGUCAACUGUGUGCUGCAGAGGUGGUGCGGAUCCGUGACUCCUUUACCUGCCUGGAUAAAUAAACACACACACACACACACACAACCUGGCAUGUGCUUUGACGUUUCAUUUCACCUCUCUACAAACUCUUACGUUAGAGAGGAAGAUGAUGAUUUUAAACUCCCUUAACAUACGAUCUGAGCCCUUAUAUGAUACAGACCAACGACUGUGCUGAAAUCAACAAGCUACAUAGGUCAAAGCUCUUGCCAUUUUGAUGGCCAUCAAACGAUAAGCCUGAAAGACUGGAAAUGGGCGUUCCUGCUGCUAUGACAUCAUCAUCACUGACGGCACAACGUUUGACCUUGUUACUGAUCAUGUCAUAUGGUGACUACAUAAAACGGGAGGUGCUUUUGCUUCUGAGAAGCAAGUAUGUAUGUGUAUUUUUGAAUGUGAGCCUAUGUAUAGUGUGUCUGAUUUGAAUGCGUGUAUUAUUGACAAAUGAGACAUAUUCCAUGCACUGACACCCGCUGCAAUAUAGUGUUUAAACCUGUUUCUGUGUGUGUGUGUCACUGUUACAUAGUCUGCAAAGCUGUGUACAGUGCUUUCGUAAUAUUUAAGAGAAUGGAUUGAUGGAUGAAUGGAUGGACAGACAUGUUUGUCUAUAUACAAGACGGAAGGUGGUGGCUGGCACACCUUUGAAAUGAAGACAGGAAAUGUGUGAUAGAGGAAAAGACUAGAGCAUGUAGACACUUAAACUGCACAGAGGGUUCCAACAGCACCAAAGCCAAAGCUGAGACCAAUGUGGACCAAUUAUACAUUGCAAAGUAAUCCGAGGAUUCAACACAGGACUCCAAAGAAAACAUAAAUACAGUUUACUCACUCUGAGGCCUGUGAUUGGUCGAGAUCAGUGCUGCAAACCAAUAAAAUUCAUCCAGCUGUCUCGGCCAUUUAACAUCUUGAGCCCUGGGAAAAGAGAGUAUUACGAAAGACUCAAAGGAUAGGAAAAACUUUUUAUUUUUGGGUUGGAUGUUCAGGUUGGAUUAUAGGGGCUACCAAGGCAAUAAUUUUGUCAGAGGAUGGUAAAGAAUGUACGAGGGGAAAUUAUGUCUGUUUGUUUGUCAGUGUUAACCAGAAAUGAAGUAAAAGUCUAAAAUAGUUACAAAGCUUGCAUUUACACUUAACUAUAACCAGGCCUGCGGUCACGUCAUCAAAGUAGGAGUGCUGCGAUCACCCAACCGAUUUCUUUCUGACGUGAUGCUUCGGAUGAGUCCAGUACUCCUAUUGAGGUGCUUUAUGAUUGUCGGUCCUGGGUUCGAUGUCUCGAUUUAUUGCUACUUGCGUGCCUGUCCAUGGCGGUGUAUCAUAAACGUGUGUAAUUUAAAUGUAUGCUGCCAAACUGAGAAUAACGCAUGACAAUGACAGUUAACUUAAACCGCUCUGUAUUUAUAUCACUCAUAUCGUGUUUUUGUAUGCAUCUUAUUUUAAUGUAAAUGUUACACUAAGUUACAGAAAUUAGAAAGUUGUUUAUCUUUUUUAUUAUUAAUGUUAUAUCUGUACAGAUUAAUCGUGGUCAAAAUGCACUAUUAAAUGUAUUAAAACAGCAU